AAUAAAUGAAAGGCAUGUAAAAAUUUUACGUGUUUUACAGAUAUCUGCCCGACAAUGUUUUAUGCUCAGCGGGUAGUGCCCCACAAGCCCAAGAAGUUGCCCUGGUAUGGGAGAUGGUCGAAUCGUUUACUCAUCUUCUUUACAUUUUUUUGCAUUCUACUAGGGAUUGGGCUAGCAGUGGUUGGUAUAGUGAUGAUGGUAUUGAAUGAUAUUCUGGUCAGAGAUGAGGUCAAGGUCAUGCUGAAUAUGACCCAGUUUAACGGUAAACUGAAGGUCGGCAAUGUACUCAAGUCUUUACCAAUCCUCAAUAUCAGUGUCGGUGGUAUUGUUGUCUUUCUUGGAAUAUUUGAUUGUGUUGCCAGAAAUCAAAGAAACAAAAUCUGUCUCGUGAUUGUAUCAAUACUGAUAUUCUGGUUCCUGAUUGUUCAAAUUAUUGCCUGUGGUUUAUGGAUUGUGAUGCGAGAAAAGUUUGAAGACAACGAAGUCAGAAGUGAUCUUGAAAUGCAGUUUGACCAAUACACGGGGGUUGAAGUAGACAAUACCACUGGCUGGGACAUCCUUCAUCUUGGUUUUAAAUGUUGUAGUUUGAACGACAUAACGUCCACAUCUAACGACUACACAUUUAAUGUAACAGAGUGGUGGGCUACCCGGCAGAUCACCCUCGACUUGGUACCUACAAGUUGUUGCUCACAUGCCACAGAAGACACUUAUCAAACCUUCAAAGAAAUCAGCUGUGAACGGACCCUUAUUACUCAUCAUAAACAGGUUAUAUUAGCAAUAUAG